AAUCUCAUGUUAUGAAUGCGUAGGUCAGAAGAAUUGCAAGCAAAGAUGAAGAAAGACAACAAUGGAGUUAAAGAAGAUUCCAAUUCUUCUGGAAGUGGUUUUGGUUUUCUUCGGAGCAUGCUCAGAGGGGAGGAGGAUACCUCCAAUGAGUCUUUCUUCAAACGGACAUUGAGAAAGUUAUUCGGAUCUGAAUCGAAUGCCUCGAGUGAACCUGAUAAGUUGUCGCAAAACAGCAGAUCGAAGGGUCCAAUAAUUGAGGAGGUGGACAGUGAUGGUGAGGGAACAUUGGAAGAUAAGGAAGGGCGAGAAGAGAGUCAUGCUGCGCGGUCGAAUAAAAACCCCAUUGUUGAGCUUCCGGAGGAUCAAGAUGAAGAUGAUGGGAGGAAUGAGAGAAAUUCGAAGGACAUAUUGCACAGAGCAGCGAACCGUGGAAAGGAAGAGAAGGAUACGCGGAGCGUCAGCUUCACAAGAGUGACUUAUGGUGGCAUUAAUGGAGCUUACUACACAGCAACAUCCUCUCGUGUGACGACUAAUGGGGUGACUCUGGAAGAGACUAAACAUGCUGAUCGAUCGACUGGUCAAGCAGCACAUCAAAUUUCAAGAGGAAUCAAUGGAAAGGGGCAUUCUGUUUUGAGAAAGCUUAAUUCAGACGGUAAGGUGGACACAAGACAGAUUCUGCACAACAUAAAUGAAGACGAGCUUUUGGGCUUCGAAAAAGCAUGGAAACACGACGCUGAUAGGCAUUUACAUGGUUGGAAUGACAAGCUGAAUCCCAACAUUGGAAAGAUGAACAGGGAAUUGGUAGCCAUGGGGAGCUACUUUCAAGAUCCAUUCAUAGAGCAUUCAAACAGGAAACAAGGGCAGGAAAUUCACAAGGAUUUGAUACCACAAUCUUCCACAGGAAGAUCCAAGAAGAUUGUCACAGUUAACAUUGACUGACUAGAUCAAAAGCCCUCAAGCAUUUGGCUGCUUGAAACAUGCAAGAUCAGAUGUAUUAUGAAUGAAGCCUGCCCUUCAAAUGCACUUUUCAAGGUAUGUGUAAAUAUCUUCAUAGAUUAUAUAUAAUGGCGAACAUGGUGUAUUAUGUAUAAAAAACUAUAUAUAUAUAUAUAGAGUGUAUAGUAUUAAAUGAUCAAAUUUAUAUUGAACUUUAAAGUCUUAUUUGUGAAAAUUAUAACAUGAAAUAUAGUACUAUCAAAAACUUAAUUUCCAUAAUGGAAAAUAUCAAAAUGCUACCCAUAAGUCUUUAACCAACAUCAUCUCAAACAUCAAAUGUCUUCGGUUCACGCUCUAUUAGUCGAGGUCUAGGUUCUUUUGGGACCUUGGAUUAUUGUUGUUGAUGGAUGGACCGAUGUCUUAUCAAUAUUUCCUCUUAGAGGUUAUCCAUAAUAUGCAUAACAUCACUUAACAAAGUUAAUUUAUCUUAAAAAAAAAAUAGUUUUAUUUUUUCUUUAACCUUGUUCAUUGCUACAACAAGCUUUAAUAUUCUUGGUUUCUCAUCUUCAUCAAGUAGCAUUAAAACAAUCAUAAGUGGCUGAGAUAUUUUUAUCACAACACAUCAAUCUAAAAGAAAAUAGAUAAAGAUUUCCAAUAAUAAAAAUUUGUUGCUAAAUUUCAAUAUCUGUGUUAGCUAGCCAACUUUGAAGUAAUUCAACCCGAGUAGGUCCAAGCUUCUUGAGAUCUCUAUCAUUUGUUUUCUCCUUAAUUACGCUAAAAAGCCCCGUCCCCGUGUGUUUAUAAAUGUAGGUAGCAACUCACUUUGCAUUGUAAAUCUUUGUCCGAAAGACAGACAACUUCCCAAUAUCCUCAAACAUAAGAACAAAAAAAAUUAGUAAGUACACGAUUCUCCAAUAAUCUACAUGUUGCUUUGAAAUUAGCUUCAUUAUCAAUUACUACUUGGACCACAUUUUUUUCUCAAUAUUUUCAAUAUUAGUUUGAAGUAAUGAAAACAACUUGAGUCUAACUUGAUAGAUCAAUUAAAAUUUUGGACUAGUUAAAAAAAUUGAUCAAAUGCCGUCUUUCUUUUGUCCAUCCAACUAUCAAUCAUAAGUGUAACUAUAUUGCUUCCAAGCAAUAAUGUUGUCAUGAGUAUUACGAAUUGUGCUAGAAAACACUACAAUAAAAACAAAUGCUCCCUCCGUCCCAUUUCUAACAUUCUAAAUAUCCUUGCAAUUUACAAUAUAUUAUACAAAUAUCAUUAUUUUAUAUCACAUAAUACUAAU